CGCACGUGUUUCUGCUGGAGCUGGAAACCUGAAGCGGAAACAGACUCCGGAGCGCUGUGUCAGACUGCAGAGAGAGCUGUGUCAGACUCCGGAGAGCUGUGUUAGACUGCAGAGAGAGCUGUGUUACUGCAGAGAGCUGCGGGAUCAGACUGAGCUGUGCUCCAUGACGGAAGCCGUGUUUCAGGCGCCGAAGCGGCGGGCGAAGGUUCGCGAGCGGUUUGAAGCUCCGCUGCCCGUGUCUCUGCGCGCGCGGGCUGAUGAGGAAGAGCACAUCAUCUUCAGAGCAGACCUCGUCGCUCAUCACGUGACGGUCUCGGACCCUGCUCACAUGCUGCCUCUGUACCAGCGGGGUUUCUUCGGUAAAGGAGUGUUCUCCAGAUCCAGACCCGAGCACGAGACCUCUCACAGAUGGAGAUGCGCUGGAGACAGAGCUCUGCCCGUCAUCUCCUCCUCAGAAUACCAGAAGCGUCUCGGCUGGGCGCGAGCCGCGCUCCUGCUGCAGGGCCUGGAGGACGAGUCUGUGAGUCACGCGUUACACACACUCACGACACCAGUGCAGCUGGACAUCCAGAGCCAGACGUCCGAGGCCAGGAGCUCUGCUGACCAGCCCAUGGACGAUGUGUCGUGUGACUCAGGCUUGACCCCUGAACCCGCCGGGCCUCAGCGUCAGGGCGACCCUCGUUAUGACCCUCUGGCUGCGGUCUGUCCUGGAGACCCGGAGCAGAAGAGCAUGAGCUCCGAGCGCUCGGACGCUGGUGAAUAUGUCCUGGUGGAGCUCUCUGAAGAUGACCACAGCGAGAACCUCUCGGAUGCGCAGCUGGAGUGCAGAAGAAACCCUUUCUCCAUGAUGGAGUACCUGCAGCUGAGUUAUGAAGAAGCGUUCUUCCUGGUGUACGCGCUCGGAUGCUUGUCGGUGUAUCACAGCGGGGAAGCUCUGUCGGUGGCGCAGGUUUGGACCGUGUUUCGCUCGCGGCAGCCGAACUUCUGCAGCUCCUACGCAGCGUAUCAUUACUUCCGCAGUAAAGGCUGGGUGCCCAAGUCUGGCGUUAAAUACGGAACGGACUUCAGGUCAGCAGGUGUUCUCAGGAGCGCUGCUGUUUAUGGCCUGACCCUGCUUGAGACGUCAGUACCGCUCGGAGGACAGCUGAAUUAUUCAGGGCUAUUUGACGGGGAAUCUGAGUGUUGGCUGUGACCCUGCGGCGCUGACACUCGACUCUCACAGCUGUAGAGUUCCUCUCGCUCGCUCCGGUGCUGAUCCUGUCUCUCUCUCCUCUAGUGCUCUACCGGAAAGGACCGCCGUUCUAUCACGCAAGUUACUCGGUGGUGGUGGAGCGGUGUGAUGAGUCUCUCAGAGGAGCUGCGCUGAGGUCCUUCAGCUGGAAGUCUCUCGCUGCUCUCAGCAGAAUCACCGGGAACGUCUCGAAG